AUGUCCAAAACACCAGAUGACAGAAACGAUGAAACGGGCGGGGAGGUCGCUAUUAAAGAUACGACUAAUGACGUGUCUGACAAUAUCGUUCUUGUUUGUUCUCCCAUUUAUAUCCCAAGUGUGGGACUAGACGCUGACGCAAAGAUGCAAGGAAAAUCUAGGAUACAAACCUAUCUUCAACUUGAACACACCGAGGCUGCAGAGGCUGACCAAUAUCUAGCCGCACUUUAUUUCAUCGGUGGUGUCAGAGUCACUUUUUCAACUGGUAUUGCCGCUGGUGGUAACUUGGCAUAUUGGACGAGCUAUAUCAUCACUUGUGUCUUCACGUUCAUUACCGCUGCUGUAAUAGCCGAGACAUGCUCGUCUUUGCCUUUGGCUGGUUCAAUCUACCUCUGGGCAGCUGAAGCCGGUGGUCCUCGCUUCGGUCGACUCUUUGGCUUUGUUGUUGCCUGGUGGUCUACCACUGCAUGGACUACCUUCUGUGCCAUUGUAUUUGGCACAGACUUUCCUUCGGACUCAUCCAGCGUUAAAUUCCGCGCUAUACAAUGGAUCCUGACCGAAAUUAUGCUCGCCCUAGCCUGUAUAUGGAAUCUGCUUCCUCCACGAUACUUUAAGUGGAUCUUCACUCUAUCUAGUAGUGUUGUUAUUCUUGACUUUGUCCUCAACUUGAUUUGGCUCCCCAUUGCGACAAGCAAGACUAUCGGCUUUCGAUCGACUCACGAUGCCUUCAUGACGACCUAUAACGGUACCGGCGCUCCACCCGGUUGGAACUGGUGCCUUUCCUACCUAGCCACCGCUGGAAUCUUAAUUGGGUUUGAUGCGUCAGGUCAUGUAGCCGAAGAAACGAAGAAUGCUUCGGUUGCAGCGGCCAGGGGCAUUUUUUGGAGUACAGUCGUUAGUGGCAUCGGUGGUUUUGCUGUUGUCAUCCUCUUCUUAUUCUGUGUUCCCGAUGCUGAAACGCUCUUCUCUUACGGCGGACCACAACCUUUCGUCUCAGUCUAUGCUGAUAUCCUGGGAGAUGGUGGGCAUAUUGUGAUGAAUAUUGUGUGUGUAAUGGCACUGUGGUUUAACACAGCAAUUGCUGUUCUUGCAGCUUCUCGUCUGGUAUUCGCCGUGGCACGAGAUGGAGUCCUCCCCUGGUCUUCUUGGGUUUCCAAGGUAGUAGCAGGGCAGCCACGCAAUGCUGUUCUAGUUGUCUGGGGAGUCUCUGCUAUUAUAACUUGCACGAUACUUCCAUCAGCAGUGGCUUUUACUUCCCUGGUUUCUGCAGCUGGUGUGCCCUCGGCUGCUGCAUACGGACUUAUCUGCCUUGCUCGACUCACCCUCACACCCAAGAACUUCCCCAAGCCCGCCUGGAGUUUGGGACGGCUGAGCAAGCCUUUUCAGGUUAUUGCAGUCUUUUGGAAUGGAUGGGUUGUCGCUGUGUUAUAUUCACCCUACAUCUUUCCUGUUACUGCCGAAUCUCUCAACUACGCGCCUAUUAUUAUGGCUGGCACUACGAUCCUUGCUCUGCUGACUUGGUGGUUUACUCCAGCCGAUAAAUGGUUACCCAGCCAAAGGAUACAGCGCACUUUAGAUGCCGACAAUCAUGCUCAUUGA